AACAAAGGUAAACAGCACAAAGUGGCAGGAUCAUGGCCACUAACUACAGUGCCAACCAGUACGAAAAAGCUUUCUCACCCAAGUAUCUACAGAACUGGUCUCCUGCCAAGCCAACAAAAGAGAGAAUUUCUUCCCAUGAAGGCUACACUCAGAUUAUCGCCAAUGAUCGUGGUCAUCUGUUGCCGUCGGUGCCCCGUUCCAAGGCAAGUCCUUGGGGAUCUUUCAUGGGUACCUGGCAAAUGCCUCUGAAGAUACCCCCUGCUCGGGUGACCCUGACCUCCCGUACAGUUGCUGGUGCUGCCUCCCUCACCAAAUGGAUACAGAAAAAUCCUGAUUUGCUCAAGGCCUCCAAUGGGCUGCGUCCUGAAAUCUUAGGCAAGCCUCAUGAUCCAGACGGUCAGAGAAAACUCGGGAAGCUUACCACAAAAACUGUACAACAAGCCUCAAGUCCAACCAUAAUUCCCAGCUCCCCAGCUGUAAAUCUCAAUUCCCCAGACCAACCCCAAAGCUCACACCCCUCUGCAGGUCACACUCCAGGUCCCCAAAGCCCAGCCAACUCUCUCAAGAGCCCACCAGGGAGCCCAUGCAUGCUAGAACACUGGGCAGGUCCUAAUCCAGCUGCGGUCCAGAAAUACAAACCUGGAAUUCCAAAGGCACCAAGGGACCACACUGAGAAAACUCGUCUAGAGACUGAGUGAUGUAAGCAGGACCCCCAGUGAGGGACAUAGAACAGGGGAAUUAUAGGGUGGGAAUAAAGGCAAACUUGGAAAAUAAACAUCAUUUGUUGAAUCUGUUA